AUGCGCGCAGCCAGCAGUGCAGCGCAGCGGCUGCAGAUCACCGCGCCUGAUGACUGGCACCUGCACCUGCGUGACGGCGACAGCAUGCGGUCGGUGGUGCCCCACACGGCCGCCCACUUCUCGCGCGCCAUCAUCAUGCCCAACUUGGUGCCCCCCGUGUCCACGACAGACAUGGCCCUGGAGUACAAGGCGCGCAUCACGGCGGCCCUGCCCCCCGGCAGCGCCUUCGCCCCCCUCAUGACGCUCUACCUGACAGACAACACGCCCCCGGAGGAGGUGGCGCGCGCCAGGGACGCCGGGGUGGCGGCCUUCAAGCUCUACCCGGCGGGCGCCACCACCAACUCGGGUAUGAUGCGCCGGCUGCUCACCGUCGCAGCCGCAUCUACUGCUGCUUGCUGA